GCACGGUGUAAGAAAGAUCGCCAACUCGCAGAUUUCGCACACACACAACCAGAAAAGACCACCUUUCCCGCAGCCCCAUCUAUCCACCCAUCCACACAAAAUAUCGUACCUGGACUAUUUCGAAACUUUUUUUUGGGUAACAAACCGAUUUUCCCCCCUCUCUCACCCCUUCGUGGUACUCGAGUAGAGACGAGCCUUCAUUCCCUUUUCCCAUCAUCAUCAUCAUCUCCAUCUAUUCUAUUUCUUUUUCUUCUCUUUCUUCUUUUUAUCCUCUUCAUUCACUUCCGGUAUUCUAUUGUACUUUCCCGCUCUCUCUAACUCAUCUCAAGCUUUCUCCACCGCUUUAACCGCUAGUCAUCUUCCUUCUUUCGUGCCCCCCUGCCUACCGGCUUGAUUCCAUUAAACUCCCUCCCCCUGGCUCAUGCGGGUUCGUGAUUCGUGAAGGUGGGAAAGAGGAAGAAGAAAAGAAGAAGAAAAAAAAGGAAAAGGAAAAGGAACUUGCCCCCUCCCUCACAGAAGGCUUUAAAGAAAGCCAUUGUUGGCGGCGGGCUCACCCAACCGACUUUUAUCAUAAUUAUCAUACAUCCAUCCACCCACCAUCUAUUUUUCUCUCGUGAGCCCGAGCCUAACCCAAGCCAGAGCCUCUUGCACCUACUCGAGUAGACCCCAGCUUUUGCAGCGGAAGAAUAGACUCGUGCUCGCUCCACUCCAGUUCUCAGGGCAAGAAGGUUCCCCCCAUCUGUGCCUGCCGCGUGGCUCCUGCCUCCUUCAAUUAGGCUCCUUCCUAUCCUUCAUAUCUACCUUUGACUGAAUCGACCCCAACCGUGUUAUCGAUCUACAAACCAUCGACAUCUGUUGGUCUUUUCACCCAUCGCCCACUCUUGGCAUCUAUACCGGCGUCAUUCGUUUCAUCCCCCCAUCUCCCUUUCCCCACGACAACGACUACCACCGCCACGACGGCGAAUAGCUUCCUCUCCUUUGGUUCAGGUGGUCACUCUAGAAGUGGAUAUUCUCGGUCUCUUUACUUGACCGUCUUUCCCGAACCCGUUGGCCGCGGGCGCGCACGACGGAAUUGAUUUCAGACUAGGCUGUUGGGAUAGAAGUGAACGGCAAAGAUGCUGGUAGAAGAGAAGUGCGCCCCCAUACGUUGCCUACAAGAGGGAACUGGUGAGCUGAUGGCGCGCGCAAACGUGACGUAGAUAUAUCGGGCUUGCCCUCGCUAUCACCUCGAGUAUGGCUAUAGGAACGAGCUUCAUAUUGACUAAAAAAGUAGCCACUCCCGAUGAGGUCUAUUGUUUCGCUGCGGAUAUGAACUAAUCCGGCGCCCACGGAGGCCGCUUUUAGGGGUUAAUAGAGACUGCGGAUAGACAUGGCUUUGAAGGGGAAGGCUUCAAGUAUUUGAAAAAUCCUAUAUGGUGGGCAGGGAUGAUAACAAUGAUAUUGGGAGAGAUUGCAAACUUUGCUGCAUAUGCCUUUGCCCCCGCCAUUCUAGUGACACCAUUGGGAGCGCUGAGCGUAUUGGUUGGUGCGGUACUAGGGACAUAUUUUCUCCGGGAAGAACUCGGGGUAUUAGGCAAAUUAGGGUGCGCCAUUUGUUUGAUCGGGAGUGUCAUUAUUGUUCUGCAUGCCCCUCCAGACGAGGACAUUCAGACGAUUGAUGAGAUCCUGUACUAUGCGAUUCAGCCCGGCUUUUUAGCGUACGUUGCCAUAGUGUCGGCGUUUUCUUCCAUAAUGAUCUACAAAGUGUCCCCCAAGUACGGAAAAAAGAAUCCCCUGAUCUACAUUUCGAUCUGCGGGAGCGUUGGGUCUUUGACGGUUAUGAGCUCCAAGGCUUUCGGAAUUGCGGUCAAAUUGACAUUUGCGGGGAAUAACCAGUUCACGCAUCCAAGCACUUAUGUCUUUAUUAUAGUUGUGGCGGUUUGCAUCCUGACGCAGAUGAACUACUUCAAUAAGGCAUUGAGUCAGUUUUCGAGCUCACUAGUGACGCCGCUGUACUAUGUUACGUUCACUACUGCUACCCUGAUUGCAUCCUUCAUCCUCUUCCAGGGAUUCAACACUACUGAUCCUGUCAACACCAUUUCGCUUCUUUGUGGGUUCUUGAUUAUUUUCGGGGGCGUCUACCUGCUCAACCUCUCCCGCUCUGACCCAAAUGGCCACCGGCUUGCAGCAAAUGGAUCGGCGUCGUAUGGUGAAGGGGUGCCCACGGAUGGAAUCACCGGCUUGCAGGUCCGGCGAAGCAUGCAGCUGCGACGCUCAGACGUUGGUGGGUCACGGAGUAGUAUUGGAGCAAGACUGCUGGAGAGGCAUCUGGACGAGGAGGCUGCUGUGGGGUUGACAGACCUGGCGGAGGACGAUGAUAGCGACAGUGAUGAUGGCUUGGGAAGACUACACAAUCGAUGAUCUAAGGGGUUAUUCUCGCUUUUUCUCUUAUCAUGGGAACGAAUUUCUUUGGGGUUUUUCUUUAUCAAGGUUUCCUUCUUGCUUUUCUUUUUCUUUUUCCUUUCUCCCUCUUGUGACUCCCGUUGGCACUGGGGCAUUUUCUCCUCCCCCCCCUCUUUCCGCUGUCGGUGUUGGGGCUGGCUGGUUGGAAACCUGAGGACGGGGCGGUGGGGUUGGUGGUCUGGAUUGGUUGUAGAAAGUUUGUGCUUAUGCCCUCUUUCCUCUUUUUCUUUUUCCUUUCCCUCAUAUGUAAUAUCCUUCCCCGGCGCCUUUUCCCGUCCCCAGAUAUUUCCUCCUGUUCCCCACGCGGUGUCCUCCCCUCUUUACACGGAGAGGCUUGCACGUGGUGUCCUACCUACUCUUCUUUUUUUUCCCCACCUUCCUCUGGGCUUGGGGGUCCAUUGUGUUGGCCAGCGAAGAGAUUCGGUGGGUAUGUGUGCGGAGGGUUGAUGGGUGACCCGGUUGAAGGGAAGGGGAGGGGGGACAACAUAAACACCGGGGAGGAGUUGUCGUUGUAGAAAAAAGUCGUUUUUCUUUUUCCCCUUCCGUUUAUCUACCCCUCCUUCUGCUUUUGGAUUCGGCGAUGGACAAAGUGAGUGGUUGUGACACGAACCGGUUCCAGUCCGUCGGAUGUUGAGGGAGAGGGGGGAAUGUGGUCAUGGUCCGUGCCUUCUUUUCCUUACUUGUUGUCCCUCCAAGAUCAUUUCGGUACCCGAGCCGUAGUUGGAUAGAGCAGAGUAGCGGUAUGGGUAACCUUCAUGUAUAAAGUUCGUAUUUUUUUGAUCUUUUUCUCCUUUCUUUUUCUGUAUCCGUCUUGUGCGCUUUUUCGGAAGUUUUGGAAAUUUUUGUAAGAUAUUAGUAUGGAAAGGGGCGGGUACUUGGUGUCUGGAGUUUAAUAAGGAUAUGACAA